AGGGCGCUGGCAGAGCUGUCCGCGGCGUCUUGAGCUCUGGUCUCCGCGGCUAGGCCCACUCUCGGCUCCCGGGCCCCGUAGACUCCACCGCCCGCCUCCCGCAACCACAGACCGGAGGACCACGCGCCCGCUGCUGCCGGCCCCCCGGCGUGCCCAUGAUCACCCUGUGCCUUUCGGCUGUGCGAGGCCUCCACAGAGCUGGUGGUUCCAGGAUUCUGCUCAGAAUGACGUUGGGAAGAGAGGCAUCUCCUUUUCAGGCUGCAUCUUCCUACACGGCAGCUGGCAGGAACGUUCUAAGAUGGGACCUUUCUCCAGAGCAGAUCAAGACAAGGACAGAGGAGCUCAUCACACAGACCAAGCAGGUGUAUGAUGCUGUAGGGAAAAUCGACCUGAAAGAAGUAACCUACGACAACUGUUUGCAAGUGCUGGCCGAUGUAGAGGUGAAGUACAUAGUGGAAAGGACCAUGCUGGACUUCCCUCAGCACGUGUCAUCUGACAGAGAAGUGCGGGCAGCGAGCACAGAGGCAGACAAAAGGCUUUCUCGUUUUGAUAUUGAGAUGAGCAUGAGAGAAGAUAUAUUUCAGAGAAUUGUUCAUUUACACGAAAACUGUGAUUUGGAGAAGAUAAAGCCUGAAGCCAGGCGAUAUUUGGAAAAGUCAAUUAAAAUGGGAAAGAGGAAUGGACUCCAUCUUUCAGAACAAGUACGAGAUGAAAUCAAGGCAAUGAAGAAAAGAAUGAGUGAGCUAUGCAUUGACUUCAACAAAAACCUCAAUGAGGAUGAUACUUUCCUUGUAUUUUCCAAGGCUGAACUUGGUGCUCUUCCCGAUGACUUCGUCGACAGUUUAGAAAAAGCAGGUGACGACAAGUACAAAGUCACCCUAAAGUAUCCCCACUAUUUUCCUGUCAUGAAGAAGUGUUGUGUCCCUGAAACAAGAAGGAAGAUGGAAAUGGCUUUUCAUACAAGGUGCAGACAGGAAAACACUGCAAUUCUGCAGCAGCUCCUCCCGUUGCGAGCACAAGUGGCCAGACUUCUCGGCUACAACACCCAUGCUGACUUUGUCCUUGAACUGAACACUGCAAAGAGCACGAGCCACGUGGCAGCCUUUCUAGAUGAUUUAAGUCAGAAAUUAAAACCCUUGGGUGAGGCAGAACGGGAGUUCAUUCUGAACUUGAAGAAAAAGGAAUGUGAAGAGCGAGGUUUUGAAUUCGAUGGCAAGAUCAAUGCAUGGGAUCUCCAUUACUACAUGACGCAGACAGAGGAGCUGAGGUACUCGGUGGACCAGGAGUUCCUCAAGGAGUACUUCCCCAUCGAGGUGGUCACAGAAGGCUUGCUGAGCAUCUACCAGGAGCUGUUGGGACUUUCGUUUGAGCAGGUGGCAGAUGCUCACGUUUGGAAUAAGAGUGUUUCACUUUACACUGUGAAGGAUAAAGCUACCGGAGAAGUGCUGGGACAGUUCUACCUGGACCUUUAUCCAAGGGAAGGAAAAUACAACCACGCAGCCUGCUUUGGUCUCCAGCCAGGCUGCCUUCUCCCUGAUGGCAGCCGGAUGAUGUCUGUGGCCGCCCUGGUGGUCAACUUCUCACAGCCCGUUGCAGGCAGGCCGUCUCUUCUGAGACACGAUGAGGUGCGGACUUUCUUCCAUGAGUUCGGCCAUGUCAUGCAUCAGGUUUGUGCACAGACUGACUUUGCACGCUUUAGCGGGACAAAUGUGGAAACGGACUUUGUAGAGGUACCAUCACAGAUGCUGGAGAACUGGGUGUGGGACAUCGAAUCCCUGCGGAAACUGUCAAGACAUUAUAAGGAUGGAAGCCCUAUCACAGACAACCUGCUUGAGAAGCUCGUUGCUUCUAGACUGGUCAACACAGGUCUCCUGACACUGCGCCAAAUUGUUCUGAGCAAAGUUGAUCAGUCUCUCCAUACCAAUGAAUCGCUGGAUGCCGCAAGUGAAUACGCUAAAUACUGCACAGAAAUAUUAGGAGUCGCAGCUACGCCAGGCACAAACAUGCCAGCUACCUUUGGACACUUGGCAGGAGGCUAUGAUGGCCAAUAUUAUGGAUAUCUUUGGAGCGAAGUCUUCUCCAUGGACAUGUUUCACAGCUGUUUUAAAAAAGAAGGGAUCAUGAAUCCAGAGGUUGGAAUGAAAUACAGAAACCUAAUCCUGAAACCUGGGGGAUCUCUGGACGGCAUGGACAUGCUCCAGAAUUUCUUGCAACGUGAGCCAAACCAAAAAGCAUUCCUAAUGAGUCGAGGCCUGAAUGCUUCAUAGACCGGGGGGAUCCUGGGAGCCAUCCAUGUCUGGAGGACAAAUCAACACCGCCAUGUGGUGCCGGCCUGGAGACUGAAGGGAGGUUUACAAAUGAAAACUUAGAUUUCUAUUGAUUUGCUUUUGUUUUUUAAUUUUAAAAAUUAUACAGAUAUAAAUGGAAUUAUAAAUACUGUGACCUAAGAAAAGACCCACUAAAAUAAUUGUACUAUAAAAUUUCAUAAAAAUGGAUUUGAUUUCUUUUGAUAAAAGUUUCAUAUGAAUGUAAUUUGAUUUUUUUACUAUUAUAAUCUAGAUAAUAUAAUGUAAGAGGGCUAAGAAUUUUUUAAUUGAAUCACAAACAUGAUAUAAUUUGAUCCUUGUUAUAUCUUGAAGUUUUAUACUUGAGAUUUCUGAACUGAUAAAUGAAUCAUCACAUUCUCACUGGUAAAUGUUUUCUCAGAGCCCUGUGUCAACUUUGACCCUCUGCCUCCCAGCUGAGUGUCACUUGCCUUUUCUGCACAUCUCAAGGCCAGCAGAAUCUAUCUCAGUGUUUGUCCUGUACAGUGGGCUUCGCGAGUCUCAGCUUACUGUAACACCUAACUAUGUUUCUCCACUUAGAUUUGUUUUUUUCCUUUAUAAAGUUCAAUUAGGUAAUAUUUUUUAAAUUUUAGUCCUACAUGUUACAAGUUUUGUGUCUUGCACUAAAAACCCAAUUCCACUUCCACAUGAAAGAUAUCAAGUCUUUGGUUGAAGUCACAAGUGAGACAGAGUAAUUUUGGAUGUCUUUUGGAUUCUUCUGUUUCUUUUAUUUUUGCUCUGUAUUUUUUUUUUUUUUUUUGCUUUUAUUUUCUUUGUGUGAGGUAAUAUCUCACUAUGGAGCCUGAUUAGCCUGGAACUCAUGGUAAUUCCCCUGCCUCAGCCUCCCAAACCUUAGGAAUGUGAGCCACCACAUUCCACCUAAUUCUUGCGUUCCUAACAACAGAUUAGACUGUGCCUCCUACUGACCCCUCCCUGGAUUCAGUAGGUAGAUGCGCCGAGGGAGAAAGGACACUGGGUGGAGCCAAGAGUUUGGAAAACUCCAGAAAAGGUGCUUUGGAAUAGGGAAUUUGAGAACAGUUGCUCCCUAGUGUGGCGUGGACAAACGAGCUGUGGGGAAAGGCUCUCCAGGAGCUGCCUCGUGAGGUGAUUUCUGAGUGAACCUCCGGAUCGAUUUCCAACUCAGCAGCAGAUUAGUGCGCUCGCACCGUUUAUUUUAGCCGGGGUCUACUCCAAAAGGAAACCAAGUAGGCUACCGAGAAGAAACUGUGAGUGAACUGUGAGCGUGCACUCUGCAGGGUCUUCACGCCAUUCUCUUAACACGUACAUGAGGAAGGACUUUGCUGGCUGGGGACAAAAGGAGAGCCCUUCGGUUCUCUAGACCAACUGGACUUUAUGUUAAAUAAAACAUUAUGUUGUGUAAUAAAGUUACACACGGCAGAGAAUGUCAAGGACUUGCACGCAGAAGGAAAGCCCUUUUUUCUGUAGUUUGGUUUUUGUGGUGCUGGGCAGCAAACCUCUGGCUGCUUCACCCAUGCCAGCCAAGUGUUCUGUUCUCCCCAGCUGUGUUUACAGUGGUCUUAGAAAUCUCUGGGAGCUUCUGAUAUCUUUGCCUACCCCCGUCCCCAACUUUUGUUUUCCACUUUCAGACAAAAGAAAAAAUUCUCUCUUCAGCUUUUUACUGUUAUUGCCCACUGCAUCUCCUUCAGAAUAACUAUCGUGAAUCUUAUUUCACUUGGGAAAGCUAAUGGUGGUGUGUAAAAGACUUGCACACAAUAAAGUCACAUCA